AUGGCUGAACCAAUCGCUAUCGUAGGCAUGGCUUGUCGCCUGCCUGGAGAAAACUUCUCGCCCUCACAGUUCUGGGAGUUCCUCAAGCGCGGUGGCCUUGCCUCUAGUGAAGUCCCCGAGUCUCGGUUCAGCAUUGAUGCUCAUUACGAUGAGACUCGAAAAUCUCACUCAAUGAGGACUCCCGGUGGCAAGUUCCUUGAGAAGGUUGACCUGCGCGACUUCGAUGCCGGCUUCUUCAAUAUCUCCCCCGGUGAGGCGACGGCCAUGGACCCCCAGCAGCGCUUGCUGCUGGAAGUGGUUUACGAGUCACUGGAGAAUUCCGGUAUUCCUCUUAGUGCAGUGAACGGGGCCCAGGUGGGUUGCUUCGUUGGUUCAUUCCUCUCCGACUACGACUACAUACACGCCCGGGACCCCGAUAACCGGCCUAAUUUCAUCUUGACGGGAAUUGGCCGUGCAAUAUUGAGUAACCGUAUCAGCCAUGUCCUGAACCUCAAGGGACCCAGUAUGACAAUCGACACUGGCUGUUCGGGAAGUUUGGUCGGCGUCGACGUGGCAUGCCGAUAUCUGAGUGCUGGGGACGUGGAUUCUGCCAUUGUUGCAGCAUGUAAUCUGUUCUUCAGCCCAGAACACACCACAGACCCCAGUUCAACGGGUGCGAUCUACACCGGGACCGGACAGUGCCACACGUUCGAUGCGAAAGCCGAUGGAUAUGCCAAGGCAGAGGGAGUGGGGUCGGUAGUCCUGAAGCGUCUCAGCGAUGCCAUCCGUGACCGCGAUCCCAUCCGCGGCGUCAUUCGGGGAUGGGCGGUCAACAGUGAUGGCCAAACUGCAGGCAUCUCCACUCCGGAUGCUGUGGCGCAAGCCGCUUGUAUCCGUGCAGCGUAUGAAAAGGCUGGUAUCGAAGAUCGCAGUCUAACACCUUAUGUCGAAUUUCACGGCACCGGUACCAAGGCAAGCGACUUGACAGAAGUGGAAGGCAUCAACCUGGCCUUUGAACCCGCGCAGAACCGUGAUAAACCCCUUAUGAUCAGCUCCGUCAAAAGUAAUAUUGGACACGGUGAAGCAGUCGCCGGUCUCAACGGUCUCCUCAAGGCCAUUUUGACGGUCGAGAAUGGCCUCAUUCCGGGCAAUCCGACAUUUAUGGAACCGAGCCCACUGAUCGACUUCGACAAACUGAAUCUACAUGUCAGCAACAGAGCCACCCCUUGGCCGCAGAAUGCUCUGCGGCGUGCCAGCGUUAAUUCGUUUGGCUAUGGAGGCACCAACUGCCAUAUUGUACUGGACGGGGCCAAUAUGUGGAUGGAUCCUUCGGGCCCAUUUCAUAAAUCAUCUUACAACUCAAAAAUGGGGGGGAUCAUGCUGGAGGACGACGAUGAUGACGAGCAAGAAAUAGAGUUCAAGCGACCCUUUCUGCUCGUGCAAUCGGCUAGCGACGAAUACUCCUUGAAGAAUAACUGCAAGGAGCUGACCCGACACUUUUCCAAAAUCAAUGUCAAGGCCGAGCUCCGGGACGUGGCUUAUACGCUGUCGGAGCGACGGAGCCACCACUUGCACAGAGCGUUUGCCAUUGCUGAUCGGUUGCCGAUCAACGAGAGCGACUUUAUGCAUGGCAAGGUCGAUGUGCAGGUGCCCCGAAUUUGCUUUAUAUUCACUGGACAAGGAAGCCAGUGGCCACAGAUGGGCAAGGAAGUCAUUCAGGCAUUCCCUGUUGCCGCUGACACGAUUAAGGAACUGGAUGCGGUCCUGCAAACAAUUCCGGAGGCCCCCUCUUGGAAGCUCUGGGACGAACUCACCGAGUCACGAGAUAGCAGCCAUAUCCGUCAACCGGAGCUAUCGCAGCCAUUAGUGACCGCUCUUCAGCUGGCGCUGGUCGACCUGUUCCACAGCAGUGGGAUAAGCCCUCAGGGGGUUGUGGGCCAUUCCUCGGGAGAAAUUGCGGCAGCCUACGCGGCCGGCUACGUAUCUAAAGCCGACGCCAUUAAGAUUGCCUUCUACCGCGGAUAUGCUGCCAAGGUACACCCGAUGAAGUCAGUCGGGAUGAUGGCAGUGGGACUGGGUCCCGACGCAGUGCGGCCAUACAUUGAGAAGCAUCAGGAGCUGGUCCAGAUUGCGUGCAUCAACAGCCCUCAAAGCGUCACACUAUCCGGGUCCACCGACGGGUUGGAGGCUGUGAUGGAGCCUCUGACGGCAGAUGGUCACUUUGCGCGCCUGCUACAGGUUGAUCUUGCCUAUCAUUCGCGCUUUAUGGCAGAGAUUGGCGAUUCCUACUACUCCCUCCUGCAGUCCAAUAUCGCGUCCGGGGAAGCUGGGACCAAUACUACCACGAUGUUCUCCUCAGUGACGGGAGCACGCAUGCAGGCCAUCCCCAACGCACGCUACUGGCAGCAGAACAUGGUGUCCCCAGUCCUCUUCUCCAGCGCCGUGCAACAGAUGGUGAAUGCCCAUCAGGGUCCCAAUCUCGUCAUUGAGGUUGGUCCCAGCGCCACGCUAGCGGGGCCGAUCAAGCAGAUCACCGAGAGCGUGACCCAGACUGGAAUCAGCAUAAAAUACGCUGGUCUGCUCAGUCGGAAAGAGGGCACGCUGCCACUCUUCCGGACAGUAGGCGAUCUGUACAACUCAGGCGUGUCCAUUCAACUGGAUUCGUUCAACCGGACGCGUGACGACGAGGCCAUCAGACCGGCGGUGCUUGUGGAUUUGCCCAACUACUCCUGGAAUCACACCACCAAGUAUUGGUAUGAAACCCGGCCCAGUCGCGACUGGCGAUUCCGCCGCUUCAGACAUCACGACUUGUUGGGGAGCAAGAUCCUUGGGACAUCGUGGCAGUCGCCAUCAUGGUCCAAGAUCCUGCAUCUCCGUGAACAUCCCUGGUUGAAUGAUCACAAGAUUGGCAAGGAUAUCGUGUUCCCGGCGGCCGGGUAUGUCUCUAUGGCCAUGGAGGCUUUGUUUCAGGCCAAAGUGGCCACCGAGGCAAUUCAGACGCAAGACCGGCAACAGUUGCAGUACCAGAUCCGGGACCUACGUUUGACCAAGGCCAUGGUUUUAGAUGAAAACAUACCCGCAGAGAUCCAGCUCACAUUGGACUCGCAUGUUUCUCCCAGUAGCCCUUGGUCCCGUUUCAAGAUUUCCGCAUUGAAGGAUAGCAUUGCGGACGUUAAUUGCUCCGGUCUGAUUCGCUUGGAUCAGACUGCUCCAGGUAGGGCUGUUCCCCGCCGCCCCACAAACCCCCGACUUCCGGGUGUAUCACCUCCGGAUCUAACGAUGGGAGGCGCCCAGACCCAAGGGACCUUGUGGUAUUCUAGUUUGGCGGAUGUGGGCCAGGACUACGGGCCGGCGUUCCAACGCAUUCAGGGGGUGAAGUCCCUGCCUGGGGUUCGGCGGACAGUGUCAGAAGUGCUCAUCCGGGACCCGUCGCAGGAGAAGGGCCAGUCGCCUUAUCCCUUGCAUCCUGCCCCCAUGGACGCAAUCUUGCAAUGCAUCCUGACCGUCGUCUGGCAAGGGGACCGCUCCGCGAUUCCGGGACCCGUGGUCCCCGUGGCAUUCGACAACAUCACGAUCUUUCCCAUGGCCGGGUCCUCGCCAACUGCUACUUGUUUGGCUACCGCAGGUUACAAGGGUCACGGGCGACCUACGGAUCCCCAUAGCCUCAAGUCCCAUGCCAGCCUGUACGAUUCCCAAAACGGCGCGUUACUGGCGUCAGUCGAAGGCAUGGUCGUUCAGCAGCUGAGUAGCACUGGGCCUGACCGGGUGGAUACGUCUGCUGUAGCACCGGCGCCGGCUUGGAGCCUUGGGGGGCCCACCACGGACAUCCGGAUCGAGGAGGUGCAGGAUGUGAUCGACCUCAUCCUGCACAAGACUCCCUUUUUGAAUGUAGUCGAGAUCAACCUUACCCGGGCGUCGACUAGCCUCUGGCUUGGCGGUGCACAACUUAAGCAGAACCGCAAUUUCCGAGAUUAUCGCUUCCUGCUGGCCGAUCCUGAUGCGGCCAACGAGGCCCGCGAGCAGCUGGCGGACCGAGGAGUGCGCAUCGGAUACCUUGACCCGGCCAGCCCCAAGCUGGGAACGGUCUCAGGCGAAAUUGACCUGCUAAUCGUCCACUACCAAACAGAUACCCAGCUCCAGGCAUUGCAGAGCCUGAUCCCCGAGGCCCUGAAACUGCUCGCCCCAGCCACUGGAACCGUUCUCCCAGUACGAAAACUGACCCCCCAUGCGCUGACCAAUGGGACUACUCCCACGAAGCCUUCAGAGGUCAUUGACCAGCUGCUCCAGGCAGACAGCUACAUCAAGGUCUUGACUGCUGAGGAUCCAACCGGUUAUGCCGCCCUGUGGCGAGGGCCCAAUUUGACUCCAAUUCCGGUAGAGAAGCGCACUGUUGCCAUUGCGCGCUUCCGAGCGGACGCCCUUCCGUUUGGAUCCUUGGCCAAGGCCCUUGGUCGGUACAACUACGACUUCCAGGAACACUUCUAUCCGUUCACCAAAAUCCCGUCGGACGCGAUGGUCCUGGUUGUUGAUGAAAUCCAAUCGCCAAUGUUCGCUGAGGCAACAUCUAAAAUCUGGAACGGUUUCAAAAUACUCUUGGAGAAGCACUGCCGCAUGGUUUGGGUGACCCGAGGCGCUAUGAUCCAGGUCAGCAAUCCGAACAACGCGGUCAGCCAUGGUGUGAUCCGUACUGCUCGUCUGGAGGACCCCUCCCAAGCUAUUAUCACCCUUGAUAUCGAAGGAGACGUAGCUUCGGCCACAGGGUGUGCGUCUAUCGCGCAGAUGCUCUUUCACGUGGAGCAUCUGGAACGUGGCAAGGCGGCCGAUUCGGAUUUUGCCGAGCACGGUGGACUGCUUCAUAUUAGUCGGCUGGAAAAGCAAUCCGCUGUUGCGGGCUUCCAUGAGCCACUGGGCUCCUCCCAGCCACUGACCGAGCUGAAGAUGCACGAGUCUAACUCCAUCGUCCGCCUGCAGACUGGGACCGCGGGGUCUGUCGAGUCCCUACGUUACGUACAGCUGCCCUCCGAUCAAUCGGAGUUACCAGAGGAUAAGGUCGAAGUGGAGUUAUACGCCUCGGGACUGAACUUCAAGGAUAUCGCCAUCUCCAUGGACCUGGUCGAUGAGGAUGAGCACAUGCUCGGCAGUGAGGGUGCAGGAAUUGUUCGCCGGGUUGGCCGCCAUGUCUCGGGUUUCCGAUGCGGAGAUCGAGUCGCGGUGAUCACGCAGGGCUGUCUCGCCAAUCGUAUCCAGGCAUGCCCGGCCAACGUCAUCCGGAUCCCCGAUAGUAUGUCAAUGGAGGCAGCCGCUUCAAUCCCCGUCGCCUACUGCACGGCGGUGUUGUCCCUCUUUCAUCUAGCCAGUCUCAAGAAAGCCCAGUCGGUAUUAAUCCAUUCCGCCACUGGUGGUGUUGGGUACGCGUGUAUUCAACUGGCGAAGUAUGUGGGUGCCGAGGUUUUUGCGACUGCUGGCUCCGACGAAAAAAGAGACUAUCUGCAUAAGACCCAUGGUAUCCCAAAGAGUCAUAUAUUUUCCUCCCGAGACUCCUCGUUUUCUUCUGGCAUUAUGAAUGUCACAAAUGGCAAGGGAGUCGAUGUUGUGGUCAACACACUGAUGGGGGAGAUGCUGGAACAUUCCUGGCGUAUCUGCGCCCGAAAUGGUGUCCUCGUCGAACUUGGCAAGGCCGACAUCCGGUCUAGAGGUUAUUUGUCUCUCGAGCCUUUCGACCGCGGCUGUUCCUUCCGAGCCUUGGAUCUUACCCUGGUCUUGGGUGAACCUGAGAGAAUCAGCAGGGUCCUACGAGAAGUCUUCCAGCUCAUCGAGGCCGGUCAUGUGCCCCCGGUGGAGGAGCGGACGGCGCACGCGUAUGACAAGAUCAAAGAUGUCUUCGCACAGAUGCGGUCUGCCCGACAUCUGGGAAAGCUGAUUCUAAGUAAUGGUGAAGGACAGGACUACUCCGUUCCCGUACAGACAACCCUUCAGCAACCGGCCAUUCGAACCAAUGCCUCCUAUCUCAUUGUCGGAGGCCUGCGCGGAGUCUGUGGUCGCUUCGCCAUCUCCCUGGCUCAGUGGGGGGCCCGUAAUUUGGUGGUCAUGUCGCGCUCCGGCUUAGGCGAUGACAAGUCCCAGACCAUCAUCGAGGCUUGUCGUCGCUUAGGCUGUGCCAUCGAAGACAUCCGCGGCAACGUCCUGUCGCCAACCGAUGUUGGUCAUGUCUUCGACACAGCACGGCUUCCCAUCGCUGGCGUGAUUCAAGGUGUCAUGAGUCUGAAUGAUAAACCUUUGGAAACAAUGACACUGGAAGAGUUCCAGGGCACUUUGUCAGGCAAGGUCCAUGGAACGUGGAACAUUCAUAAUGCUGCAAUUGAGCGCGGGCUAUCUCUGGACUUCUUCAGCAUGCUGUCCUCCAUUCUGAGUGUUCUGGGACAUGCUGGGCAGGCCAACUAUGUUGCCGGCAAUCUCUUCCUGGACGCCUUUGCCAUGUACCGCCACUGCAAGGGCUUUCCGGCGCACAGUAUCAAUCUCAGUGCCGUCGAGGAUAUCGGAUACAUCGCUGAAAACCAAGGUAACUGGCAACGCCAUCUUCCAUUGAACGAUAUUACGUUGAUUCGCGAGAAGCACCUCGAGUGCAUCCUUCGCGACUCCCUUCUUCAACAGAUGGAUCCCAGUCAGAAGCGCCCUGGACUCACCCAGCUUGUGGUCGGGGUGCGCGAACAAAUCAGUCCCGACUCCCAAUAUGCCCGAGAUAACCGAUUCCUCCCUCUCAUCGCGCAUGGAGACGGUGGGGAUCUCGCGGCCGGCCAAAGUGGAAGCAGUGGAGAGUUAGCUAAUUUCAUCGAUGUGGCCAACUCGGCUAGUGACCGAGCCACUGUGGUCAGUCACGCGGUCCAACUUUUCAAUGUCCAGUUGACCAAGUUUCUGCAUUUGGCCGAGCCCAUGGAACCGGCGAAGCCUUUGGGGGCAUACGGUUUGGACUCUCUGACUGCGCUGGAAUUCCGGAACUGGCUGCGUGACACUUUGACGGUUGAAAUGUCCACCCUUGAUAUCGCUGGUGCGGGGUCCCUCUACGCCUUGUCCGAAAGGUUCGUGUCUAAGUUCCUGGUCCCGAGUGAGAAGUAA